AUGUCCUCGACGAAAGCAGUGGUUGGAGCUGCGAUGCUUGCAAGCCCAUUGGCCUUCAUCGCGCCUGCAGGCGCCCCGCAAGCAGUCCCUCGCGCCACCCGCCCCGCAAGCGGAACUUCUGCCACAAAAGCGAAGUUUGACACUGCUGGCGCGGCCUUGGUGGCCACUGCUGGGCUGGUGGCUGCGGGCCGCCGCGGCUCUCGUCAGGUGCGACGGGCAGACGACGCCGCCUACGGCGCGUCGCACACCUCAUUCUACACCGACGCAGUGGCAAAGGACAAGUACGACACCUUGGAGGAAGUUCUCGCAGACAAACUGAAGGACCAGAAGCUGAAGGGCAUGGUGAACGAGCUUCUGGAUGCGUGUGUGAAGAUCACAGAGGCUCUCCGGGUUAACCUAGUCACCGUCAACGAUGCCUCGAACGCUUUUGGCGACCGCCAGCUGACGGUAGAUGUGAUCGCCGACAAUCUUCUCUGGGACCUGGCCAAGUCUUCAAAGUUUGUCUACGAGGCCUCUUCUGAAGAGGAGCCGGAGAUUGUCAAAACCAACAGUGACGGCCAAUAUGUUCUCUGCUGGGAUCCCUUGGAUGGAAGCUCCAUUGUGGACAACAACUGGGCCGUCGGAACGAUCGUCGGCGUUUGGGACAAGUCCACUGGCCUCAUCGGAGCUACUGGUCGUGACCAGGUGAUGAGCCUCGUGGCUCUCUAUGGCCCGCGAACCACGGUUUUCAUCACCCUGGAUGACGGCGUCUACGAGUUCACGCUGGGAGACGGCAACGAGUGGAUCUGCUCCCGUGAUAAGAUUCAGAUCAAGCCUGAGUGCAAGAUCUUCGCGCCCGCGAAUAUGCGUGCAGCUCAAGAAGUGGAUGGAUACAACAACCUGAUCCAGCACUACAUGACCAACAAGUUCACGCUGCGUUACACUGGUGGCCUGGUGCCUGAUGUUUGCCAGCAGUUCACCAAGGGCCAGGGUGUGUUCACCAACCCGACUUCCAAGGCGUCCCCAGCAAAGCUGCGCUUGGCCUUUGAGGCUGCCCCGUUUGGCCGACUUGUGGAGAUGUCAGGUGGCAAGACCUCGGAUGGCGUGAGCGGCAACAGUGUCCUGGACAUGAAGAUCACCGCGGUGGACCAGCGAACUGCUUUGGCCAUCGGAUCAGCCCAGGUCCGCCGUGCAACGGCAGGCCAAAGUGAGGAGCCCGGCGAUUGGACUGCUGACUGCUGUUGGCCUGUAGGUGGUGAGGAUGCAGUGGCGCGGCUGGGUGCCCGGGUGCCCUUCUUUGGGAAAGCCUUAGUUCCCUCUGCGGAAGUCACCGCUGACAAGCUUUCAGAGGGCAGCUUGUGGUGUCCGGAGGACGCUUGCCUGACGUAUGAUGCAUCCCGAGAGAAGGCAUCAUUGGCUGUCCUCUAUCGGAGAGGAUGUCGUGAGAAGGUACUGCAAAAUCUCGGAGCCUCCAGCGAGGAGGAUCUCAAGGCACUAGUCCAAGUCGGCCCCCUGCCUGCCCUGCCUGUGAUGUUGAGGCGUUUUUGCUUGUGGUAA